AUGGAGAGAAAAAAAAAAGAAAAACAGGCAUAUAACUGUGUUUUUAAACAGUAUAAUGACUCUAAGAAUAAUAUUGUUAUACCUUUAAAUGAUGAUGAAUAUGAGGUUAGCGAUUCACGUGCUACUUCUGAUCACAAAUAUUUAACCACUAAUAAAAAAUGUUCAUGCACAUACCAAAAUCGUAUGCAAUUACCGUGCAGACAUAUUUUUUCUGUAAGAAUCCAUAAAUGUCAUAAUUUAUUUGAUGAGACACUUUGUGGAGAAAGAUGGUCUCAAAAAUAUUACAUCAAGUAUCAUAGGAUGUUUCAUAAAGAUAUUGAAGAACGUUGCUAUCCGAAUUUUGAAAAUGAAUGUGAGAAUGUUUUAUCGCCUGUGUUAUCUUCAUUACAACGCAAUAAACCCAUGACACAACAUGAAAAAUUUAAGCAAGCUGCAAUUCUUACAACAGUGUUAGCACAGUUAGUAUCUGAAGAAUGUAAUGAAGAAUUUGAGUUUAGAUUAAAUUUAUUACGAAAUUUGUCUAAAUUUUGGAAGUUAGGCAAAAAAGUUACUCUACAUGAGGUCAUAGGUAUGGGAUGCAAGACUGGUAACUUGACAGAAAACGCCGAGUUAGAUAUUGUUGAGAUUGAGCGUGACUAUUGUAAUAAAUCCAGUGAGGAUCAUAAUUUUCCGAUAAAUAGAUAUACAAAUGUAGAAAAUUGUUUUGUAUUUGAAAAUAUUGAUAUAAAUGUUGCAGAAGAAGAUUUGGAAUGUGAGAUAAUCACAGACAUAAGCGCAAGUCAUUUGAAGAAUGUUGAAAUAUUUAAAGAAGACGUUGAAGAAGCGAGAGAGAAUCCAUCAUUAGCUUUUCAACAGAAACUCAAUACAGAUUCUCAUUUUCGAGAUAUUACCAUGCCUUUACCAAUUAAACGCGGAAAAGGACGUCCAAAAGGUCAUCUACUAACUGUAAUUGGUUUAACAAAAAAAAAGAAAAGUUAA